GCGCCGUAUGCCAAAUACUAUAUGAUAUAUCUUGUGCAAAGCACCUCAAAAUCGAAGGGCGAACAAAUCAAAAAUAACAAACAACAACAAAACAUUCGCACUAAAGGUGCGAAAAAUGGCAAUGUGUGUGAAUAACCUGAACCAAGGCGCCAACCCAAUCUGCAGACAGCUAAACAAUUAUGAAAUUAAUAGUCUCUUAAUUGGCGCCGAUAAUAAGUAUUAUUGAAAACAAAUAUUGAACAGCAUUGAACUUAGUAGUGCGAAAAGUGCGCGAGUGCGAGAAAAGUCCGACGAAAAGUUGUGUGAAAAGUCCAGCGAAAGUGUCGACAAGCCAAGUUGGCCAAGUUGUAGUUUUCCUUCACUGCGGGCCAACUAGAAGACCUUGCUGCUCUUCGGCAAACUUUGGCGGAUCAGUGAACGCAUGCACGGCUGGCCAUGAAGCACGAGAAGAGCUCUGCCAUGGCCGCCAAUGGUACGCCCCCGCUGAAGCGCGACAAGCAGCGACAGCAGCCGCUGGUGGACGCGGCCAAUCCGCGCAGUCCCAUCACCAAGGCCUUUGACUUCCUGCCCUGGUCACGCAGCCGUAGCCGCAAGCCGGAACCGGAGCCGAGCACAGCAGCUGGCGAGAAGCCCGCCGAGGUGCACUACCAUCGCAACAUCUUUCGCAGCGGCGGCGGCCUUAUACGCGACAUGCUCGUGGGCGACAAGGACAAGCUGCAGAAGGAUAAGCCGCCGCAAUCCCCCCUCUCGGAGGCCAAGCGGACGCAGCGCAAACAGAAGCAGCUGUCCCGCAACAAGAGCCUGGACAUCCGAGAGCUAAUUGGCUGCGUGGACAGCGAGCUGGUGCCGCGCACAAAUGCGCUGAGCUCGCCCCAGCCGCAGCGUUUCCUUGACGACACCUACAUAGACAGCAAGCCACGGCACAUACUCUUCAACGACGACGAAAACACUGUGUAUCUCAUCAAGAAGGAGCAGCCGGUGGCCAAGGCGCACAAGGCGACGCCCACGCACGCUGCCCGGGACUGCAAUGGUGGCGAUGUGCUGAAGGCGCGGCUGAAGUUCAAGCGGUUGCCCAGCGACCAUUAUGCGGCCUCUCCGGAGGCGCUGCGUCGCGCCCAGCAGCUCUACCAGCGCUCCGAGCAACGUCACCAGCUGCAGCGCCGCAAAAGUCUCAGCGACUCGCAUUACGAGCAGAGCAGCUCCAGCCUGAGCAGCGGCGGCAGUGGCGUUCACGCUGCGGCCGCGGCCACUGCGAGCAGCAUUAUGCUGGAGCGACCCAAGACGGAUAAGCCGCGCAAGAAGCUCUCCUUUCGCGAGCCCAUCGAGGCGGGCCUCUCGCCCGUGGUCAUGGCCAUGUCAGCGGCCAUGGUGAGUGAGCAGCGGCUGGAGCGACAGCGGCGUCGCAGCUCGCCGCUCGAGCGCACCAACGCGCCGCAAAUGGGUCACGGCCUGGACUGUGAUAGUGUGUGCAAUAAUCGAAUAAAGGAUGCUAUUCACAGCGGCUGUGCUGCCAGUGAUCCGGAGUCUCAGGCCAUGCGCAUUGUGCGCACCGUCGGACAAGCCUUUGAAGUGUGCCACAAAUUUAAUCUUCAUAAGAAUUCCCUGGAGCCCAAUGACGAACGCUCCGAUGUCUCAUCGUCGGAGCUGCUGGAUGUGGAGCAAAUCAGCGAGCAGCAGCUCAGCGAAGAUGGAGGCGUUCUAACCAGCGAGACGCCAAAGAAAGAGCACUUGGGCAUAACGCCCGAUUUGAACCACACGCAGUCACAGCAGCCACAGCGACCGAGCCACUUGGAGCUGCUGCCAACGCAGUCGAGUCUACGCAAAUCGACCAGCCUGCUGUGCGAUGUGGACGAUAAAUCAGCUGUUUCUCCCUCAUCGCCGCGCACUGAGAUAUCCCAGCUGAAGGAUCAGCUAGAGGCGCAGGCGCAGCAGACCCGUCAGGCACUCGGACAAUUGAUGCUGGUGCGCGAACAGCUCAUCUCGGAGACUAAUGCGCGCAUCGAGGCGCAGGCGCGCACGCAGCAGCUGCUGCAACAGAAUCGGGAGCUGCUCGAGCAUUUGGCAUCGCUGGGCGCUUACAACGAGCAGCAGACGGCGGGUCUGACCUCUGCGAACAUUGGCAUGGCCCCACAGCAGUCACAGCUGCAGCUGCUGCUCCAGGCGACCAGCAACAACAACAACUUGGCCACCAUCAAUCAGCAGAUCAACAAUCUGGGCAACAUCAAUCAGCAGUUGACCUCGCUCAGUCACCAGCUCAGCGGCCUCAAUCAGCAGAGCCAAAAUCUACAGAAUCUGCAGAGUCUGCAGCAGACAUCGUCCACGACCACGGCGCAGCAACAGGCUCAGCAGUCGCAGCUGACGCCCCCGACGCCGCCGCUGACGUCUGGCGGCGCCAGUGGUAGCAGUUCAUAUCCCUCGAUGAGCCAGCUGCAGACCAUCAGCAAUCAGCUGCAGCAGCAGCAACAGCAGCAGCAGCAGGAUGCACUGUCCAAGGAUCUGUUUCAGGUCAACCAGGAGCUGUUGAAUCGCCUGCAGGCAAUGAAUCUUAAUGCGAAUGCCGCGCAGCAGACGCAGACACAGACGCCAUCGGCCUCGCCGCACAAUUCCUACUUCUUCGUGAAUCCGCUGUCCUGCACACCAGCCACGCCCAACAACAAUGCAGCGGGCGGAUUCAAUUUUCUGGCCUCGGCCAGCGGCAUGAACGCCGGCACGUUGACACCGUCGCCGUUGGGCACGCUGACACGCAACUCAUUUGCCGGCAGCUCCAUGCUGAACGACGACCUGCGUCUGAGCAUAGAGCAGAAUCUGAACAACCUGGAGGAGCAGCUGAAGGUGGCGGUGUCGAAUGGCAAUUUGGCUGGCUUGGCCUGCGGCGGCUCCUCAAGCACCAGAGAUACGAGUCGCAGCUCCUCCACAUUGGAUUCGCCGUCGUCGCCGCGUCAACGCAGCUGUAAUAAUAAUAUCAGCCCGAGCAGUAGCAACGGCAACAACAACAACAACAACAAUGGGAAUGGCAAUGGCAAUGGCAAUGGAGGCAAUAAUAACAAUUCAAGAGAAACCCGCUUCAAUACGGUGCUGCUGCGUGUAACGGAUGAGGCGGGUCAUCAGCGUAAGCUAUCGGCCACGCCCAGCUUUAUAACGCGCAGCACCAGCGAAAAGGUGCCCAAUCGCAGCCAAAUGAUGAGCCAAGUGCAGCGCACCGCCUGGGCCAGGCACACCACCAAGUGAGCGAGACGCGAGCAAACGCUGAGAGUGGACCAGCUCUUAACUACAGAUAGUCAAAUUAAGUUAAGGUUGCAUGAGAGUGUGUGAAUGAGUAUGAGUAUGAGUAUGAGUAUGAGUAUGAGUAUGAGUAUGAGUAUGAGUAUG